AUGAGCACCUGGAGGUAUAGACUGAGCUUGCAGAUGUCUCCCCAGAAUCUCUCACUUUCAGACUCACUGCACAUAGCAAUUCUGGCUUCCAUACUUUCUCUUAUCAUUUACUGGAUCAUCAGAGACAGAUACAGAGUGAGAAAUCUGAAUGGAAAGCAUGUCUUCAUAACAGGCUGUGACACUGGACUGGGAAACUCACUGGCUAAAUGGCUUGAUAAAAAGGGAUUUUGUGUCAUUGCUGCAUGUGCCACAGAAAAAGGAAGCCAAGAGCUACGGUCCUGCUCUUCACUCUCACUGAGGACAGUGAAUCUGAACUUAGCAGACUCCAACAGCAUUGCCAGGGCUGUGGUGUUUGUGACUGAACAGACAGCUGGCAAGGGGCUUUUCGGUUUGGUGAGCAAUGCUGAAGGAACAGCACCCGUAGGACCCACUGACUGGCUGAGGAUUGAAGACUUCCAUUCAGUCCUGGAUGUUAGCCUGCUGGGACUGAUUGAAAUCACACUCAAGCUCCUGCCACUUCUGAGAAAAGCUGAGGGAAGAGUUGUCAAUCUAAUUAAUGCCAAAGGCCUCAUGGCUUUUGUAGGGGGUGGCUACAGUCUGUCCAAAUGGGGCAUGGAAGCUUUCUCUGACACCUUACGGAUAGAAAUGCAGCAUUUUGGAGUGAAAGUAAGCAUUGUUGAGCAUGGUUUUUUUAAGACAGAAGAAGGCAAUUCAGAUGUCAUUGAGAAACACCUCUUCAGACUUUGGAACAGACUGACUCCUGAGAUCAGGGACUCCUAUGGAGAGAAAUAUUUAGUUGAAUAUAUAAAAGCCCAAAGAUCAUCAGUGAAAAGACUGUGUGACUACAAUAUUUCUAAUGUCAUAAAAUGCAUGGAACAUGCCCUGAUAGCAAAGUACCCCAGGACACGAUACAGAGCUGGAUGGGAUGCAAAGUUCUUCUGGCUGUUUCUCUCCUAUGCCCCAAGCUGUUUGUCUGAUAUGCUGCUGCAUAUUACAUUUCCAGCUCCAGCAGAGAGCAGGAGACCAGUUCAUGGAGUUCUAAUUAAUGUCUAG